AUGAGUUACAAGGCGGAAUACAUCUGGAUUGACGGGCAGGAGCCGACCGCCAAGCUUCGGUCCAAGGCAAAGAUCGUUCCCGAUGGGGAAGCCCCUCCCAUUUGGGGUUUUGACGGCUCCAGCACCAACCAGGCGCCCGGCGAAAACUCGGACUGUGUGCUCAACCCGGUCCUCAUGGUCGCCGACCCGGUGCGGGGCGGCGAUCACAAGCUGGUGAUGUGUGAAGUGCUGCUCACCGACAUGACGCCACACCCGUCCAACACCCGGGCCGCCUGCGCCGCUGCUGCGGAAAAAUACUCCGCCCUGGACUUCUGGUUCGGUAUCGAGCAGGAGUACACCUUCUUCGACGGCAUCAAGCCGUUGGGCUGGCCGGACAACGGUUUCCCCGCGCCCCAGGGCGGCUACUACUGCGGCGUCGGUUCCGACGAGGUUUUCGGCCGGCCCCUGGUGGAGCAGCACAUGGACGCCUGUCUGCACGCCGGCCUGGCCUUUGCCGGCAUCAACGGCGAGGUCAUGCCCGCCCAGUGGGAGUUUCAGAUUGGUCCCAUCGGCGCUCCGACCGCGGCCGACCACCUGUGGCUGGCUCGCUGGCUGCUCUAUCGCAUCGGCGAGGACACGGAAACCGUUGACGGACGCAAGGGCAUCAGCGCCACCCUGGACCCCAAGCCGGUCAAGGGCGACUGGAACGGCGCCGGGGCCCACACCAACUUCUCCACCAACCAGAUGCGGGAGAACUACGACGCCUGCGUCGCCGCGGCGGAAGCCCUCCAGACCCGCCACGAUCUCCACAUCGUCAACUACGGGCACCGGAUUGAGGAGCGGCUGACCGGACUGCACGAGACCUGCUCCUACCGGGAAUUCCGUUACGGCGUGUCCGACCGGGGCGCUUCGGUUCGGAUUCCGUGGCAGGUGGCACGGGACGGCAAGGGCUACAUCGAAGACCGGCGGCCCAACGCCAACUGCGACCCCUACACCGUCACCCGAUUGAUCAUCGAAACCGUGGGCGCUGCGGCUACUGCCUAG